AUGCUAGAACCCGCCCAUACUACCAAACACCUCCCCUUUCUCCACAUUCCCUUCCGCGAACAUGUGUUUGUUCUUGCACAGGCCGAUGAUGGUGUGUCCAAUGGUACCACACUCUGGUUGGGAGGCCAGCUCUUAGCGGCAUACAUCGCUUCGCUUCCGACACCGCCUAAACCACCGCUCGUGUCAUCGAGCUGGGAAGUGGUAUUGGUUUCACCGCGUAUGUCCAGUCUUCCUCCUCGCUACUUUCCCCAACACCGCUUUUUUCCUCCUUUUUUUAGCCUUGUACUCGCAAGUUUGGGCUACCACGUCCUCGCAACAGACGGACACCCCUCAGUCCUCGCUCUCCUCACCCAAAACAUCCAGCGAAACGCUCAGAACUUACCGGGCUCUGUUCAAGUCCGCGAGCUUGACUGGUGUGUUCCGCCCGAACGUUGGGACUGGUCCGAUCCGAGCAGUAUAACCUCACCACGCGCAUAUAUAGGUGAUCCUGAACUUCGAGUUGCUCCCCCGGUCUUUGAUCUGAUCGUCACGGCCGAUACUCUCUAUGUACCUCACCUCACCCCGCACCUCCUCCGCACACUCGACCAUCUCCAGGCACUGACACCUGUCACUGGUUCAUCAUUAUCCUCUCCCAGCUCGGACUCCAACCACCAGCCAAAGGUCACACCAAUCGUGCCGACAACCGACGACGCUUGUUGCGUUCGAGCGUCGAGACCCUGCUCUUAUCGACGCCGCUCUCGCACUCAUCCCCGGCUCGCUCACUCGGAUACCGCACAAAAAGCUUUCAAAGGCUUUACAAAGAGCGGGCUGGAAAUGGGACGCAAGUGA